AUGUCAAUUCUAAAGCUAGGAAGUGGGCUUUUCCAAACUCAUGUUCAAUUGGAAGAUGUUCAGCAUGUGAUUGAAAAGCAAAUGAGCAUCAAGUCCAAAAUUGGAAAGGACGCCAAGUUCACAGAUAUUGGAGACGGAAAUGGAUUCAUGAGUCGUGUCAUCCUUGUUGAGCCAAACUGGACGGUCCCAGACAAAACUUUUCCUGACAAGUUUGUGUUGAAAAUCACGUCAGCCGUUCAUCUCUCCGGCUUUGUCGAUCAGAUGGUGCAAAAAAGCGCGUUUGGUCCGGAGCAAGAGGCUGCCGUUAUGGAGAUGGUGGAGGGGGUGGAUCAAGCUCAGCAUAAUCGUGAAGUCAAUUUCUAUGAGAUUGCCCAGAAAUGGAACAAGAACGAUGUCUUGUUAAUGCCAAAAACCUUUUUUUCCAAGAAAUUUGCCGCAAGUAACAAGGCUAAAGGAAUCUUAGGAAUGGAGUACAUGAGCGACACAGUGGUCAGACAUCUCAACUGUAAUGUGAAGCCGCAGGAACUUUAUCCAGUUCUCAAGGCUCUGGCCACACUUCAAGCCGAAGGACUUCACCUAUCUGACCAGGAAGUCCAAAGUAUAUCUGGCUACGACAUCCAGCAAAUGAUGGGUCCAAUGUUGACCGAAGAUGGAAUGAAGGGCAUCUUCGAGCAGCUCAUCAGCAUGGAUCCUGAUCGCCUGGCAAGUAAAGUCCAGAAAAUUGGAGCACUGGGAGCAGAAAUUGUGAACUAGGUAUCAAGCGUGCGGUAUUGGUGCACGGCGAUUUGUGGUCUGCAAACUUACUGUGGAAUGAGAAUAAUGGUAAAUUCUCGGUGAACAAAAUCAUCGACUAUCAGCUAAUCCACAUAGGAAACCCAGCCGAGGACCUAGUUCGUCUCUUCCUCACAACUCUAUCGGGAGCCGAUCGCCAGUCGAACUGGGAAAGCUUGCUGGAAACGUUCUACAAGUACUUCCAAGAGGCUCUUGGGAGCAACAAGAAUCCUUAUUCUCUAGAGCAGCUCAAAGACUCUUAUCGACACUACUUUGUAACCGGUGCUCUCCUUGUUAUGCCAUUAUUUGGAACCGUUGCUCAACUGAAACUCGCCACAGCUGACCCGAAACAUGUCUCCGAAUACCGUGAGGUGAUAACAGAGAAGGCUGAGCACUUGCUUGAUGACAUGGAACGUUGGCACCAGUUCAGCAAGGAUUUGGUGAGGAAUCACACGGAAUAA